UGUAACGCGGCUGCUAAUUGGCUGCUCACUGUCUCCCGUUACCCUGGCAAUAACUCGCUGGGUCUGGACUCGGUCGGAGAGAGCUGCAGGAUGGCGACCACUAUUCUGGGAGUUGGCAGCGGCGUGUUCAUUCUGGCGAUUAUUUGGGUGGUGACUCUGCUGCUGUGUGUCCUUCUGUCUAGAGUGUCGGGUUCAGCACGGUUUUCGGUUAUCCCGGUAUUCCUUUUGGCCGUGAUCCUUACGUUAAUAUUGGUUUUCUUUCCAAGGGCAGACGAAACUCCUGCACCAGAGAAGGAGAUUCAGAUCGUGGAUUCCUUCUUUAUCGGACGUUAUUUCCUGAUCUCCAUCAUGAGCGUUGUUUUUCUCGGCAGCGCCUUCCUGGCCCUCGUGUACCACGUCUUGGAGCCAGUCUAUGCCAAACCUCUUCGGAUGCAGUAAAUCUGUGGUGGCGGGCAGCAUUCCGGCGUCUAAGGAAUUAUGGGAUUGCCUAAUUAAGAUCCUUUAAGGGAUAAAAUAUACAUUUACAUUAAAUGCAUUUGAAGGCGUCUUUGUCAGUUAAACAC